AAAAAUAAAUUAAAAAAAAAAAAAAAGAGUCUGAGAUUCCACAGAAAGAGUUGAUUGAUGUCGACCGCCAAUAGAGUCCCGGCGUAUGGAGGAGACAUGGGAGCAGGAUUGGGAAGGCGCCUGGAAGGUGGGAUAGGCUAGUGGAGUCGGCGACUCUAGGUACCAGACCUGACUCUGCUAUUUAUCAGCCUGAGUCUCAACUUCUGAAUGGAACUUACAGGAUUUUUGUGGAAAGCAAUCUCAUAAACGAGUGCUUAUAAACCACCAGCUCGGUUCUCAACAAAUGCCAAAUAAGUCUUUGCUGUGGUUAUUAUAUGACCUCAGGAGAGAAAAGACCCCUGGUUGUGUGGAGUGGGGUAUAGCCAAGAUGACCCUGUGGGACACAGGGCAGAGGUCCAGUGUCUCCAGAGACCAUUCCUCCUCUGCUGCCUGCUGGCUGAUAAACCUCUUAUCUGGCCCAGGCAGGGGAGCCCAGGGCCAGGAUAGGAGGAGAGGGCAGGGCUGCUAUCAGUCACCAGGCCUGGGCCAUAUCUUAGAGAAGGGGAGGGGCUGUCUGCUUGGCUCUUCCCACAACACACUCCUUGGGGAUCCCCAAGCACUCGCUCUCAUCUUGGAAAGAAAAGACUGAGAUCCUAAAAGUGAGGGCAGAGGAGGAGAGCAGGAGUGAUCCCUGAUGUUGCUGCAGGAAACAGGAAAAAUAAAAAACACUGGAUGAUGUGACUUUUGUCCUGGCCAGUGAUACAGUUUUGAGGAGUAAGAAGUAGGGGAAAGUGAAGGCAUCUUGUCUGAAAAGAAGAUAAAAACCUACUGUGCUCCCAAACGAACUGCCUACAGCCAUAGCAGAUUGCUGGGACCAUUUGGGCUUUCGGGACCUUGGACCAGGCCCUGGCCCAGUAGGAUGCCCCCGUGUCCUCCCCAGCAGAGCAGGAACAGGGUGACACAGUUGCCCACUCUGGAGCUGGGUGAGAUGGAAUUGACUUGGCAAGAGAUCAUGUCCAUCACUGAGCUGCAGGGCCUAAACGCUCCAAGUGAGACAUCCUUCGAGCCCCCAGCCCCAUACCCUGGGCCCCCGCCGCCUCCAAGUUACUGCCCCUGUUCAAUCCACCCGGAGGCUGGCUUUCCCCUUUCUUCACCACCUUAUGAGCUCCCAGCACCCACAUCUCAUGUCCCAGACCCCCCAUACGCCUAUGGCAACAUGACCGUACCAGCCUCCAAGCCGCUGACCCUCUCAGGCCUGCUCAGUGAGCCCCUCCCAGACCCCUUGGCCCUCCUGGACAUUGGGUUGUCAGCGGGGCCAUCCAAGCCCCAAGAAGACCCAGAAUCCGACUCAGGAUUAUCCCUCAACUAUAGUGACGCUGAAUCUCUUGAGCUGGAAGGGACGGAGGCUGGUCGGCGUCGCAGCGAGUACGUAGAGAUGUACCCAGUGGAGUACCCCUACUCACUAAUGCCCAACUCCUUGGCCCACCCCAACUAUGCCUUGCCACCUGCCGAGACCCCCUUAGCCUUAGAGCCCUCCUCGGGCCCCGUGCGGGCCAAGCCCACUGCACGGGGGGAGGCGGGGAGUCGGGAUGAGCGUCGAGCCCUGGCCAUGAAGAUCCCCUUCCCUACGGACAAGAUCGUCAACUUGCCAGUAGAUGACUUCAACGAGCUGUUGGCACGGUACCCGCUGACGGAGAGCCAGCUGGCACUAGUCCGGGACAUCCGAAGGCGGGGCAAGAACAAGGUGGCCGCCCAGAACUGUCGCAAGAGAAAGCUGGAGACCAUCGUGCAGCUGGAGCGGGAACUGGAGCGGCUGGGCAGUGAGCGGGAGCGCCUCCUCCGGGCCCGAGGCGAGGCCGACCGGACCCUGGAGGUCAUGCGCCAACAGCUGACGGAGCUGUAUCGUGACAUUUUCCAGCACCUGCGGGAUGAGGCAGGCAACAGCUACUCCCCUGAAGAGUAUGCAUUGCACCAGGCUGCUGAUGGCGCCAUCUUCCUGGUGCCCCGGGGGACCAAGAUGGAGGCCACAGACUGAGCUGGCCGGAGGGUUGGGGCUGGUGAUGGAGGUUUCCUUCAUUCUCUUCUGAUAAAGGUGCUCCCCAACCGUGAGGCCCAGAAGGAGCUGAGUUCUGUAGACCAGGAGGGACCACAGUGGGAAACCUGGCAUUUGGAAAGUCCAAGGUGUGUUCAGUGAGGCUUGCCCGGAAGCGAGGACGUGAGGGGAGGGCUGGAAUCUCUCUUCCGUGAUUCAGUUUCCCAGGUCUCCAAUCUCGUCUGAGCUUUGGUAUAUAAAACACUCUACAGAAACAGCUUUCCGCUGUGUCUUCCUUCUCGAAGGAGGGUGAUGAAGGGGGUGCCCUCAGAGCUCACUGCCUGUUGGUGGCAGGGAGGUAGCUCUGCUGAGCUUGCUUCUUUCCCCUACGGCUCUGUAUGAGGACAUGUGGACACAUGACGCUUGGGCCUGAGCAGUGUGAUAUCUACCACCUUCACUCCCCUUCUCAGAGCCAGGGGCCAUGGAUGAUUUGAGGAACCACACCUUCUCGGGUGGCCCCCUAUUUAUAGAGCUGGGAUUGUUGCCAGAGCCGGCUAGACCCUCUGUGAGAGGUCCCUGAGUGUUAGGCCACUCCUUUUACAAACUUUGGGGCACUGGAAAUCCUAGAACGCCCACAGGCCAUUUUCCCCUCCUCAUGCCUACUUCUACAGGACUCCCUCAGCCUGGGCCCUGAUGCCAGGGCUCUCUCAGAAGACUGAGUGAGCUGCUCUUGAUUGGAAUGAGAGAAUUUGAUUGGACACCCAAGUUUCAGGGGAUUUCACACCCAGGUCUGGGUACCAAGUCUGCUCCACAGUGGAGCACAGUAUGCAUUUCAGUGAAAUCUUCCAUCUCCCUGGUUACAUUAGAUAGAAGUUACCCAAUUCUUGUUUUGGUGCCUCCGCCCCCCUUUCUAGAUCCUUGAAGAUCUAGGGCCUUUUAUUAGUAUAUUUUUUCUUCGAACACGACUAAAUUUCAGAAUUCUUAGCCACAUGGAUCAAAGUCCAGUCCAACCUCCACACACCUUCACCUCCUUGCUUGGAAUUGCGGUGGUUCCCACUCUUCCCAAUCACUGAAUUAUAUAAAUUACAUUUUGCUUCUUUACACUUCUAUUCAAUUUUACUAGCUCCAUUUCAAUAAAGAAACCUUACUUCCAA